CUUCCUAAACGCAUGCAGCACUACAAUCUUUAACUAGUAUUUUAUUCCCACGGAAAAAUGAAGCGAUCGAAAAGUACCUCAGAACGACUGAAGACGGAUAAAUGUUGGGAGGAUCAAAACGGAAUCAUUAAAAAGAAGCUCAAAUCUGCGAAGAAUACUUCAACUCGCCGCGGGUCUGUAUUUUAUUUCCUCGGAAUUUUACUUGUUGCAUUUGGAGGACUGGCUUAUUUUUACUCGAGACUUUCUAACAAGACUGCAAUUAUUAGAACCACGAAAACAGAAACAAUCAAUUACAAAACGCCUCCGAGAGAAAAACCCACUGUCCUUUUGUGGUGUCCAGGAGUGCCUUUGAUUCACAUGCGACACGUCAUUCUCGUCUUCCAACGUCUCGGAUACAAAGUGACGACAGACGUGGGUGUCGAAUGGGACGUGCUGUGGGCCCAUCGCUACCCUUUCGACGAGUUGGUCAAAAAACUGAAACCCAACCAAAGGGUCAACAAGUUUCCGAGCUCCGGUUUCGUCACUCAAAAGGUCGAGUUGGCGACUUCCGGCGGCCUCGGCAUUCCCCCUGCCUUUCGCUUGCCCGACGAUAAGCAAAAGUUUCUCAUUUAUGCAAAAGAAAAUCCUGAAGCACAAUUUCUCGAAAAAGACCUUCAUCACCGCUCAGUUCGAUUGAAACCUUUGAGCGAAAUAAAUUUAGACUCGACAAACAGUUUCGUCCAAAAAUUCAUUUCAAAUCCGUUCCUCGUUGAUGGCCGCGUUUUUGACAUUGGAGUGCCAGUUGUUCUGACCUCCAUCGACCCGUUGCGGAUCUACAAAAUUACUGGGGACAUCGUGUUUCGGUUCUGUAAGGAUCCGUACGAGAACUUGAACGCUUCAAACUUGAACCAGUACGUGAUUGCGGACGAUUACAUCCCUUCAUUUGAUUCGCCCGCCUUGAAAAAAUACUUGCAACUUUCUUAUUCUCUGGAGGAAUCGUUUGAUGCGCAUCUCCAGAGCAAAGGCAUCGAUCCAAAGUUAAUCUGGGAACAAAUUGACGAUCAAAUCGUGUCUGCUUAUUUGACGCGCGAGGCCAAAUUCGCCUACUGGUCGCUGCAGUACGGCCACAAACGCAGCUUUUUCGAACUGGUCCGCUUCGAUUUUAUGCUCGACAGUGAUUUGAAAGUCCACCUGAUCGAGGCAAACAUGUCGCCAAGUCUGUCUUCCGCUGACCAUCCGCCAAAUGGCAUCCGUUUUGAGCAAGUCGCGUUCACCACCCUGUCCCUCGUCGGCCUCGCCAAUUAUGUGCACCCGCCCUUCCAAAAUUCGACCGAGGCCAAGGAUAUGAUUGUGGCCGAAAGGAACUUGAUGGUUUUUCGAGAAAUUUGCGUUCUUUGCAAAAACUGUGAAAAGUUUGAAUGCAGACUUUGCGCCCCUUGCUUGGCCCAAAACGAGGAAUUGACUUUUGAUUUGAAAAUGGCCUACAAAGAGCACAUGAACAAAUUCAGGAGCGUCAGAAUCUUUCCUCCAAGAAUGACUCAAGAGCAGGCCAAGUUGGGAAUUCCUUACGCGUAUUUAAAUCAUCGUUUAACCACGAAAAAUAUGCUUCUGGCCCGAUGGUUUCAAGGGAAAUGUCUUACAGACAAAUCUUGGUGUUGAAAUCCUCGGCCAAGAUUCAAACACAUCAAUUGCUAUUGACAAAGAGUUUUAAUUUUAUUUUGAAUCAUAGCUGAAAACAAUCUAGAUUUAAAAUAAAGAUUAGGAGCAAACAAAUUAUGCAUUUUUAUUAAAAAAUGCGUUUGAAAAUAAUAAUAAAUUUUUUUUUAAAUUUUGUCAUUUUUUUCCAAUCAUAGAAAAUGAGAGAUAAAUUUUUGGCCAUAAAAAAAUAUUUUU